GCCUCGAUUGACCCAUCGCCAUUUCGGAGCUCGCGAGCUACAAACUUUCUCGUCGGCCAAGGGCGAACACAGCAACCAGGCCACCAACCAUGUCGACGGCAGCGAAGGCGAAGAGGUCAGGGGUGACCAGCCUGCAGGGCCCGAGGCCGCAGCCGCUGAGCCUGCCGGCGGCCGCGUCGCCGCCCCGGCCGUCCAAGAGACCCCGCAUGAACGGCGGCGAUGACGACGACGACGCCGGGAGACCGGCGGCGGCGGGGCCGGUGAUCGUGUACGAGCACACGCCCAAGGUCAUCCACGCCCGGCCGGACGAGUUCAAGGCCCUCGUGCAGAGGCUCACCGGCCGGGAACAGCCCGUAGUUCAGCCGGCGGCAGAGACGACGACGUCGUCGCAAGGAGAGGAGGCGGCCACGACCACGACGGCCACCGACUCCCUGGUGCUCACGCUCGGGCAGCAGGCGCCGCCGCCGCUCGAUGUCUACACGCCGCCCUCGCUGGCGUUGCCUUCUCCUGGUGGUGGCCUGGCUGCUGCCGGCUUCCUUCUCUCCCCGGGCAGCUUCCUCUUCUCCCCCGCCACCAUGCAGGCUCUACAGGAGCUCAUCAGCUGAUCACCGCGCCUUGCUCUAAUCGAUUCAGAAAAAAGUGAACACAAAGAUUGUUCACGCAAAGCGACCUGACGUGUAACUCGUUCUUUUAUUCAUUGUUAAUUUUAUUUUCAAGUACAACAAAUAAAGUCGGUUGAAUUACGUCCAGUUCUCUCUCUAGUCUUCUGGUUUGGUACACCACUGUAAAA